AUGUUGAAUUCGAAAGCGGAAGGCUACUUACGGCCGUUCCGCGGGCGCCCAGGUGAUGACUUUAACACGUUCUGGGCGAAGUUCGGAGUCUUGGCGGGCAUCAAUGGUUGGGAUACCGAUACCAAGAAGGCCAAGCAAUUGCCGCUCUUCCUGGACGGUGACGCGUUCCUAGUCUUCACCAGGAUGUCGGAAGAGGAUCAGAAGAAGAUGGACGCUGUGAAAGCCAAGCUGGAGGAGGCGUUCUCCGUUACAAAGUCCCAGGCUUUCAAACUGCUGACGGGGAGGAGGUAUCGCAGCCAAGAGUCCCCGGACGCAUACGUCGCUGAUUUGCAACGCCUUGCUACUCUCGCUGGCCAUGACGCCACUGGAGACGACAACAGUAUCAUCGUCCAGCAACUUCUUGCUGGCCUGCCUCCUGCUUGGGCCCAACAAAUUCGUUUGUCAAUGGUUGGGAAAGCUCUGACCGUCAGUGCGUCCCUCGAGCUCCUCCGAGCCAUUCGUGUCGCGGAGCGCGACCAGGAGCCUGCCGAUAUUCCAUCUGCUGCGUCAGCCACUGACGCGGACUUCGACUACGCGGCUGCUACGACUGGCGGGCGGGCCAGGGGUACUUCGAGUUCGAGUGGUUCGAGCCGUGGUCCGAGCAGCGGGUCCAGCGCUGGGACAGGUACACGCUCUUCAACCGCAGGCGCAGGCUCAGCUACACGUAGCAACGUCGUUUGCUUCAGAUGCCAGGCCGUGGGACACGUGCGUCGUGACUGCCCGGAGCGCUCGUCGACCCGUGUAACUCCCACUUCGCGCAGCACGCCAAGAGCCAGGAUCACGUGCUACUUCUGCGAUGCGGAAGGGCAUCGCAAGUCGGAGUGUCCUGAGCGCCAGGCUUGGCUCGCUCGACAGGCCAAGAAGGGCACUGCUGCAUCGGCAGCUGCGCAUGCUUCUGACCAAGUUCUCUGUUCCUUGGCCGUCCCCUCUCAUGGGAAGUUACCACGGAUUCACCUCAACAUAUGGCAGGAGCAACAGGCCAACCACUGUGUGAUCGCAGUCAUCGAUACCGGAGCAACCCGGUCCCUCAUCUCUAAGGAGUCUGCACUCGCCUGCGGUCUACACUGGUCGGCUCCUUCCGGGUUUACCGAGCUGCUUGCCCUCGAUGGACAACCCCUGCGCAUCCUCGGCCAGGCCACCGUGACUUUGCAACGCAUGGACGAUACAGUCCGAUUUCCGGAGCAGACCAUCUCUGUCUUGGUUGCUGCCGAUUUGAGUGUGGUUCGUGCUGACCUGCUCCUCGGGUCGGAUGUCAGCAGCCGUAGCGGCGGUCUGCGCCUAGCCUAUGCCGAUGGCCAGUUGCAGAGUGUUCAGUUCGGUCCUGACCAGGCCACUGCCUCCGUCGCUGUGCCGAAGGAUGCUGACGUCCCACACCCAUCUCGGCACGUCAAUGUGACCACUGACGGCGACGACGUGCUGCUCAGCGUUGGCGACGGCACCAUCCGGUGGUGCAGCCGUACUCGCCGCUGGACCCUCACGUGGGCUUGGGCCGAUGGUCACCCGCCACCAGCUCCGGUGGGUUCUGGCAUUGGUCAAUACAGUCGCAAGGGGUUGACCGCGGAGCAGGAGGAGCACUUCAGUCAGGAGAUCGAUGGCUGGAUUUCCAACGGCUGGCUGGUUCCGCACGAUGAAAGCGUCCAUGGGAAGAUCGCAGGUGUGCUGCCCCUGCUGGCUCGCGUACAGGAGCAUAAGUCUUCCACUCCAGUCCGCCCGUGCCUGGACUAUCGACAACUGAAUGCUCUCCUGAAGUCCCAGCCUGGGUCCGAAGCCCCCGUCUGUGCUGAGAAGGUCCGCGCCUGGCGUCAGACGGAUGGCCGUGAGUGGGACAUGCUCGACAUCCGUAAGGCAUAUCUUCAAGUCCACAUCGACCCUGCCCUCGUCCGCUACCAGGGGGUCGUAUGGAAGGGGAAGAUGUUCGUAAUGACCCGGAUGGGCUUUGGCCUCGCGAUUGCGCCGAAGUUUAUGCACCUGAUCGUCCAGUGGGUCACUCGGGACCGUCCCGCCGUGGACAACUACGUUGACGACAUCCGUACUCCUGCCACCGAGACGGGCCCACUCAAGGCCCAACUGUCGGCGUACGGUCUACCAACGAAAUCUCCGGAGCCGCUCACGACGUCCCGCGUACUCGGCAUGCAGCUGGCAACUGACGAUCAAGGGCGCACCAUCUGGCGCCGCCGUGACAUGGAUCUUGCCCCGCCCACAAGCCCGACGCGACGUUCAGUAUUUGCGUGGUGUGGACGUCUGACUGGCCACUACCCUGUAUGUGCGUGGCUCCGCCCGGCUUGCAGCUACCUGAAGCGACUGGCUACAGGCGACUGCCGUUCCUGGGACGACCCCGUAUCACCUGCCGUUGUCGAGUGCUGUGACAUGCUGUUUGCGAAGCUAAGCACUGCCGAUCCCGUCCGCGGCCUGUGGGAUGUUAACGCCGGCGAGCACUCUAUCUGGGCCGUGUGGUGUGACGCGUCGAAUCUGGCCACUGGCGUCGCACUGGAGCUGGAUGGAGAGAUCGUGGAGGACGCUUCUUGGCUUCGCCCCGUCCAGGACAAGCGGCAUAUCAACGUCGCCGAGCUUGACGCUGCCAUCAAGGGCCUAUCUCUCGCCGUUAAAUGGCACGUCCGCCGAGUCAUCCUGAACACUGACUCGAAGACCGUGGCUGCCUGGCUGACCCAAGUCGUUGGGGGCCUGCAACGUGUGCGUGUUGGUGGUCUGCACGAAGUACUCGUUCAGCGCCGGCUCCAAAUCGUCAACGACCUAAUCACCACCACAGGCAUGGACGUUGUAGUCGCCUGGGUCCCCACCGACAGCAACAAGGCGGAUGGCUUGACCCGCGUCCCACCUGCCUGGCCGAAGACUCCAUGUCCAGAAGCUGCUGCGGAUGCUGCUCCCGAGACCGUGAGUGCUGCUGUCCCAAGCCCCCUCCAACUGGCGGAGGUGCGGGCUGCGCAGCCGGCUGAUCCACAGCUCCAGGAAGCCAUCCAACAGGUACGCGAUGAUACACCUGUGUCCGCCAGUGCCUUCAAAGCCGUCCGAUCCCAACUGUGCCUGCGUGAUGAUCUUCUGUGUCGCAGUGUAAAGGUUCCUGUACUUGGCGACAUUGUUGUCCCGGUACUCCCCAGUUCGCAGGAGGAUGCUGCCAUCACCGUCGCGCAUUCCGCGUCGGGCCAUGCCGCUUGGCAGGCCAUGUACGAGUCGCUCCGGCAGCAAUGCUACUUCCCGCACAUGGCCGAGAAGUGUCAGUCGCACGUCCAGCAAUGCCGCCAGUGCCGCGCCGCUACUACCUCUGGCACUCGUUCCGCUCCGCCCACUCGACCCGAUAUUCCCAGCCGCCCAUGGAGUACUGUGGUCAUCGACACCCUCGAGCUUGGGACGGACCGCAGUGGUCGAUACUCCUGUGUUCUCGUCGCCGUCGAUGCUUACACCAAGUGGGCAGAGGUCGUACCACUGCUUCGCCACGAUGGGCAGUCCGUCGCUGCCGCUUUCACCCGGCUGUGCUACAGAUGGGGUGCCCCCGACGUUAUCCGCGUGGACAAUGGCUCAGAGUUCUCCAACGCCCUCGUGAAGUCCCUGUUUGACGCCUUUGGCAUCACCGUCAAGACCGGCGCCGUGCGCCAUCCCCAGUCGCAGGGUUCCGCCGAGCGGUUCAACCGCACCCUGCUGACCAUGAUCCGGAAGCUAGGCGAGGACACCACUGACUGGGUGCCAGAUCUGCCGGUACUUCUUCAUCACUACCGAACCCGACCCCACCGUGCUACGAGCAUCACCCCGAUGAUGGCCAUGCUGGGCUGGCAGCCGAAGACGAUCGUUCUGAGCGCCGAUCUGGAGUCGCCUGCCUGGCAGGUUGAGCAUGCCGAACGGUGUGCCCGUGUUCGCGAUCUCCUCGACUCGGCCAUGUCUUCCCGUGAUUUCCGUGCCGACGAUGCUGCUUGCCGUUUCCAAUCCGGUGAUGCUGUCCAACUGAAACAGCCCUCGCGCCACCAGAAGCGUCUGCCUCCGUUUCAACCGGGCUGGUCGGUCACGAAAGUUAUCUCCCCGUCGACCGUCGUAAUAAACCGUGAUGGUGCUGAGAAGGUCAUCAACGUGGACCUCCUGAAGUCUGACGGCCGUCCUCCAAGUCCCGCACCCACUCAGGGUGCCGAUCCUCUCCCGCCUAUCCAAGAUUCCACCGAUGACGAUGCUGACCAAGACGUUGACUGGCACGGCUAUCGGCUCGCUCGCCUCCCUGAACCGCAAAGGCAGUUGCGUGACCGCAACACGAUCAGCUUGCCAUCUCGCUAUCGUCCAUGA